UGUCAAAUUCAAAUUUCAUAAUAAAAGUAACCGUCGCAAACAUUUUAGAUAACAACAAGAGUAACAAUUAUUAUCAAUUAUCAAAUAACAAAAUGAAACAAGAAAUGAGUGAUUUGUUUACAGUUUGCCAAAGUAAUAGUGCAGUACAUCAAAGGAAUUCCAUACUUUUAAAAAAGUUGUAUGAUAAUUCGAACCAUGAAGAAUUUUGGAGUAAUUUAAAAAAUAUAAUAACCCUUAUUUUAAAAAGCGAUCGUGGAAGUCAAUACAUUGAGAAAACAAUAAAAUUUAUUGGUAUAUUUUGUUGUCUGCUUAAACCAAAACAAACAGAGGAGCUAAGCGAGGAUUUUGAGGAACAUAUAUUACUACUGGAAAUUAUAUCAUAUUUGUUAAAGACAUCUGAAGUAAGUGAUGACAACGUUAGGAUUAGGUCGUGCCAAAUUAUUAAUGUCAUUCUAGAUAAUUUGGUUGGAGUAGAAAUCAGUGAAGAACUAUGCGAAAAACUUGAAGAUGUUCUAUUAAAAAGAUUUCAAGAUACUAAGAGUGCUGUCAGGCAACAUGCCGUUAUUACAUUACACAGACUGCAAAAUCCAGCGAAUCCUGAUGAUGUUAUAAUUUCAGAAUUGAUUCAUUUGAUGAAUUCUGAUUGCUAUCCAAAGGUUCGACAACUUUGUGUAGAAAAAAUAGCAGCUCGAAGGGAUGUUGUUUGUCACAUACUAAUGAGAACUCGAGAUGUAGAUCCAAAUGUACGCCUUGCUGCGUUUAAAAGACUGUCAAAAUUCGCAGGUUUUUUGAAGAUUUCUGAGAAGCGUUUGGUUUUACAUAGCGGCUUUCUAGAUAAAUCUGAAAACGUUAAAGAGUAUAUAUCUUCGGGUUUAAUCAAAGCAUGGUUGGAAUUCUAUGAAAAUAAUAUACUUAUAUUUAUGAAGUCCAUAAGAUUGGAUGCCGAUGAAAAAGAUAUUGAAAAUACUGUAGAAUUAUUUGAAAACGUUUUAAAAGUUAUUUUUCGAACCACUUCUCCAGAAAUCCUUUCUUCAACUUUGAUAUUAGACGAGAAAAAGUUGGUGCCGUAUGAUAAACUAAAUUGGGAAAUGGUCAGUUUUUGGAGAAUGUAUGUGCAAUAUUUGAGUAAACGAAAUGACUUUGAAGAAGAAUUAGAAAAAAUUAUACCGGAAUUAAUCUAUUUCUGUAACUACAUAAAAAAAUUUUAUACAGAAAUGCCAAAAGAAGUCACAGUUGAUGAAUUUUUAGAACAACAGUUCAUACUGAAGCAAUUAUUUUUGAUAACAACAACAUACGAUUUUGGAGACGUAACCGCAAGAAAUUGUUUAAAUAAUUUAGUAACAAAUAUUUUAAAAGAUGUGAUAUUCAUAUCAGACGUUAUAGAAACGGUAAUAGGCGCUUUGGAAUAUUCCAUACCCAACAUUGAGCAACGUACUCAAUAUGUUUGCGAAUUAAUUUCUGAAAUUGAGUGCCCUAUGGAUUCUGAUGAAGUUGAAAGGAAACAACAAGAACAUCAAUUUAAGAUAUCAAAGUUAACUGUAGAAAUAACGAAAACAAUGCAUGAACAAGAGAUAGCAAUAAACAAUCAAAAUUUUGUAGAAGCCGAGAAUUUGAAACAAAAAUUAAUAAAAUUGGAUGCCGAUUUAACAAAUCUCAAAAACAUCAACCUCGAACCUGCUCAACAAAUUGAGAAAAAAACCGAUGUCGCAACAAUAAUUAAAUGUUUGGAUAUAGCAGCUGCAGUUCUAAAGUGUCCGAAACUGGACAAACUUACACCGUGUUUGAAAUCGUUGAAAGAAGAUUUUAUUCAAGGAUUAUUGAUAGACAACAACGACAAUGUUCACACGAAAGCCCUUAAUUGUUAUGGACUUUGUUGUAUUAUUGAUAAAGAUACGGCUAUGUCGGGAAUCCACAUUUUUUCAACAGCGAUUUUUGCUUAUCAAAAUGGCGAUGAAUGUGAUACACAAACGUUACUUGUUUGUAUAUCAGCAGUAGUCGAUGUAUUGAGAAUAUACGGAACACAGUUAAUGGCUGCUCCAGAAAACGGGGAGUUAUCGGAAAGCAUGGAAGAGCGUCAACAAGCUGUUUUCGCCGGCGGUACAGCUCUCACAGACGUUUUACGAGGCCUUGUCGACUUGAUGGAUGAUGACCAAUAUGAUAUUCAAGAAAGGGCAGGACUUGGACUGUGUCAACUGGUCCUCAGCGGAAGAAUUAUUUCACCAUCUUUACUUUCUAGACUGGUUCUUAAGUGGUGUAAUCCUGCUACAGAUGAAUGUGUCAGGUUAAAACAAAUUAUAGGCUUUGCACUACAAAAAGUACCUCUGUUAAGUGAUUGGACAGAUGUAUUAAUAGAUGCAAUUCUCCUGACUAUCAAUGCCUUAUAUUCGGCUCCUAGAACCAGCCCUUUGGCGGAUGUCAAUGUGGAAAAUAUUGCGAAAUUCUUAUUAGCACUUUGUAAAAUAUCAAACAAAGUUGACUAUUUGCACUCAACGAUAGCUGUGAGAUUAGUCAAAGAAAUGACUGAAUAUCCGAAAAGCAAAAUGAAUACCAUCUAUUCAAAAAUAUUGCUUAUGCUUGACAUUCCAAAUGGUAAAACGAGAAUAGACGAAUUACUGGAUAAUUGUUAUAAUUUAGUUCAGAUACUUCCAGAAAAAUCGUCAGUCAAGAAUUUAACAAAAUUAACUGAUAAAUUGCUUUUAAAAACUCGAGAAUCGUCUUCAAAGAAUGAUGUAGAGAAAACACAAAACGAUACUGAAAUGCCAGAUGAAACAGUCGCUGAAGAAAAUGGUGGAGUUAUGCCAGAAAUUUGUAGCUUGGCCUAUGACCGAAUCGAAGAGGAAGUUUAGUUAUAGUGGAAAUUUUUACUUUAAUAAUUCUCUUUUUUUUAUAAUUGUAUUUUAAUUCAAAAGCUAUUUAAUUAUUUCAAUAAAAUAUUUAUGAUUAAAAAUUUAAUAAAUAUUAAUUUUAGAU